AUAUAAUUUGAGGCAUAUAGUGUUCGUAUUUCUCACCAGAUUUCCGUUUCUGUGGUAAAUUACGAUUUUCCUCAGAUCUGAAACGAAGCAAAAAUGAAUAAAAAAUAAAAAUAAAUUAAAACUGUCAAUAACCUUUUCUUCGCACAAUCCUUUUCUCGUUAGGGUUUUAAGAGUCAAGAAUUGUUUGGUGAACUUUCCGGCGAACUUUCCGAUCCCGGCAGAGCUGACUUAAUCCUGAUCUCCUCCGUCUUCAUUAAUGUCUUGGGCUAGUGCAGAGGAUAUCUAUCUUUCUACCUCUCUUGCCAAUUAUCUUGACAAGAAAAUUCUUGUUUUGCUGCGAGAUGGUCGAAAGCUUUUGGGGAUACUUCGCUCUUUUGACCAAUUUGCCAAUGCUGUUCUUGAAGGAGCAUGUGAACGGCUUAUUGUUGGAAAUCUCUAUUGUGACAUACCAUUGGGUUUGUAUGUAAUUCGUGGAGAAAACGUGGUCGUGAUUGGGGAGCUGGAUUUGGAUAAGGAUGAACUUCCACCACAUAUGGUCUGUGUUUCAGUUGCAGAGAUAAAAAGGGCACAAAAGGCAGAAAAUGAGGCAGCAGAUCUAAAAGGCACUAUUCGGAAGAGAAUGGAAUUCCUUGACAUGGACUGAUGCACAUUUUACUGUGAUGAGAUUGCCAGGGGUUCUGCACUUCUCUCAUGUCUUCCGCAACUAUUUUUUCGCGGUUAGCACACAAUGUAAGUAGGACCAGAUGGCCAAACACCACCCCCCCUUCGUUCGUUUUCCCCCGUCUUUUGGAAUUCGUUGUAACAUUUGCAUUGAAAUACAUUCUUGUUGCUAGGCUUGCAAUCAUAAUUCUUGUUAGUUCCUUGAAGCAGCUUUUCUGCUUGAUAAAAUAUAACAGCCUGCAAAAGAAAUACUUUUUAUUAGAAAUGGUCAAUUGUUUUCACAUUGCCAACUUAUUAAUGUGAUUGUACUGUUAACGAGAUUAUUGUAUCUUUAAAAUGAAUGUUCUCUUAUAGU